AUGGCAAUCGAAAUCGUUCCACUAGCCAAGUCAGACAUCGCGGGUGCUGUAGACUGUGUGCAGAAAGCGUUCGCGGAUGACCCUUAUUUCCGAUGGGCAUUUAACGAUCCUUCGCAGGUGUGCCCAGCCCUCGUCCCCGUUUGUAUCAUGAUCAUCUUUAGACUCAUACUUACACUCCGUCUCGCACAGUUCAAUAUACAGCGAAAUGCAGCAUCUCUAGCAGCGCACUUUGAGUACGGUAUCAACUGUAACUGUCCCAUCUCGAUAGCCAAAGUGACCCACGCUGUGGACGACAAAAAGAUCGACGGAGAGGUCCAACUUACACCGGGAACCGUCGUCGGGGUUGGCUGGUGGUAUUCACCCCAGUCCGUGUCAGCAUCACAGACCUGGUCUGUCUGGGCGCAAGAGUGCAUCCUAUCGUUCCGCCAGUUCUUGAAUAAUGUCCGCUUCCUAGGUCGUGGCGGGCUGAACAUUUCCCGAUACUGGAUCUGGAAGCAAGUUCAGAACGAGGCCCAUGAGGCUCUGUGGACCGAUCCACACGGGUAUUACUUCUGUAACAUGGUCGGUGUCAGUUCUGAAGCCCGCGGGAUGGGUGUGGGAAAGCGGCUUAUGGAAAGCGUUAUGGAGAAGGCGGAUCACGAAGGAGUUUCUUGUUACUUGGAGAGUUCGAAGGGAUAUCCGAAUGUGACGAUCUAUGAGAAAAUGGGAUUUGAGCUCGUCAAGGAGAUUGAGUGUGCGGAUGGAGGAGAUAUCUGCAAGCUCUAUUGCAUGAUUCGCCAUCCGAAAGCAAAGUCGUGA